AUGGCUUCGGUUGCCUCUGCGGGACCAAUUGCCAACGAGAAAAGGACUGGCGGGAACGCGCCGGCUUGCAUGGCCUUCUGUUGGGAGUUUUGCAUCGUUCCCACCGCCUGUGGUACUUGCAUCGCCGCCUGUAUGGCGGUGGCCAACCCCGUAAAGGAGCUCGACACUUCUGAGUUUCAGGCCAUUGUUGACGCCGCGAAGCCUGAGUCUGUGGCGGCUCAGUAG